CAAUUAAGUACGCUAUCAGUCGCGGAAACUUCAAGUUCCAGCACACUGCGAUCGAGGAAGGCUGGAAAAAGCUCGGCAAUCAGAUCCUCUUUCCGUCUGAACCGCUAGUCAAGGAAAAUAAUGACCCACAGAUUGACAAGGCUGGGCAGGCAUCAGAGCCAGAAACGAUGUGCGCCGUGGCGCUGAUGGGUAAACCACGGCAAAUCGUGCUGGCCGGCGACCCAAAGCAGUUGGGUCCAGUCAUCACCGGCAAGAUCGCCGUCCAGGGCGGACUGGACACCUCCUGGCUCUGCAGGAUCCUCAACUCAUCCUUAUACAAAAGGGAUGAAGGAAAUUUUCCGCUGACUCAGGGUUACAACCCCUAUCUGGUUACCAUGCUAACCAAAAACUACAGGACGGUUCCUGAGAUUUUGUCUGUGCCUUCCAAACUGUUUUACAACGACUUGUUGGAACCCAUGGUGUCAAGUGUGGACGGCCCCUAUGUUAACCUGAUGCAGAAUUUGGCCUGCGAGCUUCCUCAGCGGUGCAAUGGGCCACCUUCCUUUGUGUUUCACGGCGUGCGCGGCUGCUGCUGCAGGGACGUUGACUCGCCUUCCUGGUACAACCCUGUUGAGGCCAAGCUUGUAUUCGAAUACGUCUGAAAACUGAUGCGGCGCAACGUGAAAUCUUUGAUUAUUGGCAUCAUCACGUUCUAUGCUAAGCAGACGGCCAAGGUGAAAGAACUGCUGAGGUCAGACAGCAUCUCCAACCUGAAGGUAGGCUCCGUGGAGGAGUUCCAGGGCCAGGAGCGCGACGUGAUGCUGCUGUUGAUGGUGCGCUCGUCAGCUAUGGUCGAGGAUGGCAUGGGUUUUAUUAGUAGCCCCAACAGAAUCAACGUGGCGCUGACAAGGGCGCGGGCGCUGCUCAUCGUGGUUGGCGACUUGCACCUCCUUAAGAACGACCCAA